AUGGCGGCGUUCUUGAACCUGAUUGGCGAAGAUGGCCUGGAUCUGUUCAAUUCGUUUAGUUUGACAGACGAGGAAGCGGCAAUUUUGAAAAUAGUGAAGGAGAAAUUUGAUGAAUACUGCUGUCCAAAGAAAAAUGUAAUCUUUGAAAGGUUUAAAUUUAAUUCAAUUAUACAAAAGCAAGGGCAAAGUUUUGAUACCUUUUUGACAGAUUUACGGAAAGCGAUCAAAACAACAGAGUAUAGAGAUCAAGACCAUAUGAUUAGAGACAGAAUUGUCAUAGGAAUUUUUAAAAAAUACACACAGAAGAGAUUGUUGAGAGAAUCAGAUUUGACACUGGACACAGCAAUUAAGGUAUGUAGGGCUGUUGAAGCAAGCAAGUCUCAGUGUAAGAUGCUUCAGAGCGAGGCAAUAUCAGUUAGUGCUGUUAGAAAAGAAAAAGAUUAUCAUGUUUGUGGAUGUAGAAUGUAG